CGCCAAAAAGGGGUUUUAGGGAAAAAUGGGGGAAGAAAAGCAACGCAGCGUGCCGGUUUUGCCAUGGAUGCGAGACCCCAUUGAAGUCACUCUCUGUCAAGAACUCCCUCUUGAUUGCGUUCCUUGCCUGCACCCUACGUUGAAAUUGGGAUUGGAGAAUAUAGGGAUCUCUAAGCUAUUCCCAGUGCAAGUUGCGGUUUGGCAAGAAACAAUUGGGCCUGGUAAUUUCGAACGAGACAUUUGUGUAAAUUCCCCCACCGGAAGCGGCAAAACCUUGGCAUAUGCACUCCCAAUAGUGCAAAUGCUAUCGAGCCGCGUUGUUAGGUGCCUCCGUGCUCUGGUGGUGGUCCCCACUCGCGAUCUCGCCUUGCAGGUUAAACAAGUUUUUGAUGGCAUUGCAUCCCCACUGGGCUUGCGUGUUGGCUUGGCUGUUGGUCAAUCUUCCAUAGCUGAUGAGAUUUCUAACCUUGUAUACAUUCCUCAAUAUGAGGCAGGCAUGUGCUGUGAUCCACGUGAUAAACGUGGUUUCCAAAGUAAGGUUGACAUAUUAGUAGCAACCCCUGGAAGGCUCAUGGAUCAUAUUAAUACUACUAAAGGCUUCACACUUGAGCACCUUUAUUAUCUUGUGGUUGAUGAAACAGAUCGACUACUUCGGGAGGCCUAUCAAUCUUGGCUACCUACCGUGCUUGAAUUGACCCAAUCUGAGGAUGAUAAUAUUUAUCAACCGGCUGAUUCUGUUUUCCCUUAUUCUCUUGGUGCAUUAAGAACCAGAAGAAGAUGUGGAGUUGAGAGGGGCUUCAAGGAUAAGCCUUACCCUAGGCUGGCAAAGAUGGUUCUAUCUGCGACAUUAACUCAAGACCCAGGCAGGCUUGUUCGGCUUAAUUUGCGUCAUCCUUUAUUUCUGAGAGCUGGGCAAAUGCGUUAUCGGCUACCUGAAAAUUUGGAAUCUUACAAACUGAUCUGUGAAACAAAGGUUAAACCCUUGUAUUUGGUUGCCCUUUUGAAAUCCCUGGGAGGAGAAAAAUGCAUAGUUUUUACAAAGUCUGUGGAUUCAACACAUCGUCUCUGCAAAUUGCUGAAUUGUUUUGGAGAUCUGCAAAUUGAUAUCAAGGAGUAUUCUGGUCUUCAACAUCAACGUGUAAGAAGUAAGACAUUGAACGAAUUCCGGAAAGGGGAGUUUCAAGUGCUUGUAUCUUCUGAUGCAAUGACUCGUGGAAUGGAUGUUGAAGGGGUAAGAAAUGUCAUUAAUUAUGACAUGCCCAAAUACAUAAAGACUUAUGUUCAUCGGGCUGGUAGGACUGCAAGAGCUGGCCAGACUGGGCGUUGCUUCACACUGAUGUCAACAGAUGAGGUUCGACGAUUUAAAAAAUUGAUGCGAAAGGCUGAGGCUAGUUCUUUCCUUGAGCAUACUCUUCCAUCUAGUUUGAUUGAAGCACUUCAUACUACCUACCAAUCAGCACUGGAAAAAUUUAAGGAGAUAAUUUUGGAGACACGAAAGAAACCCAAGGAUUAGAGUCUUCUCAAUCAAGCAAAGAGAAUGGAAAAAAAUAACAAUUCAUGGGCAUAUCUGCUUAUUAACAGACACACAAGGGAAUAGCUUGUUAGCUGCGGAACAUCAACUUAAUCCCUGGAAAUAUUCAACUGACAAUGGAAGUUUUACAAUAGAAAUAACAGACUGAAGCACGCUUUUCAGGACAUGAAUCUUGUAAUUCUGGGGACAGAACCCUUGGUGGUGUUUGUUUUCUCGUGUUUCUUGAGGUCUUCUUGUACUAUCUGUUUUUUUCAUUGACGGGGCAUAUGUAUGGGAUACAGCAGAAGUUCUAUAUCAAUGACGAUGACAAACGUUAAUCCAGAUAUAUAAGAUUUUUUUAUUUUUUAUUUUUUAGUUUAGACACAGUUAAAUGUAGUAUUGGGAAAUAUGUAAAUUCAUGUGAGA